AAUGGCUAAGAUAUAUGUUAUUGAUUAAACUUUUCACGGCUCCAAGAAGUUCAUCUCGAUUAAUUUCACUUGAACUUUUAUCACCGGGGACUUCAUUUGUUGGCAAUAAGCAUAAUUUUUCUACUUUUUAUGGAAAGAAUGAUCCAGAUAAGCUUGAUAUAAAUCUUGAUAAUCAAAAUGAUAAUCAAGAUAUUGAUUUAAUUCCUCCUGAACCUGUUCAUUUAAAAGAUUCUCUUCAAUAUCCCUCAUUAGAUUUAUUAUCUCAUUGUUUUAAUUCUACAACUUCAACUGAUCCCUUAAUAGGUAGUUCUCGAAGUAAUCAAACUAAUAUAAGUAAUACAAGUAAUACACGUGCUCCACUUAAUUCUACUACAAAUACAAUAGAUAUACCUUCAAAUUAUACGGUUAGUGAUGAUGAAGGCCGUAUUGAUGUUGUACUUGUUAAUGGUGAAAAUCAUUUAAAAAGAUCUUAUGAAAAAUCUUCUGAUGAUGAUUUAUCUCAAGAAAUUGAAACUUAUAAACUAUUAUUAAAAAGACUAUAG